UUCUCGACUCCCAACGACGGCUGCUGCAGAAGUCCUAUAAUACAGUCCUAUAAUACUUUUUAUAUUAAACUUGGCCCUAUAAUCCAACAAUAGUAAUCGGCCUGCGGGCCGCCUCGGUCCUUCAACCCAGCAAUAGAAUAAAACAUUUAAAAGUUUAUAUAUUGACUAUAUACUGUAUAGUCCUUGUGGCUUAGCGCUUCUUUUUGAUUAUAAUAAUAAUAUAUAUUGACUAUAACAUUUAAUAGUUGCAUAAAACAACUACGUACGUGUCUUGAGAAGAAUAAAACCUCUGGAGGUAGAUGUACGGAUUUACAUGUCUUUCAAACGAGAGACAGACAAUGAUGCUUCUUAUCUUGAUCAACUUAAGCACUGCAAGUCAUAAAAAGUACUUGCUCUUCUUCACUCCUAUGUAACACACUCACACAAGCCUGUUGGAUGUCCAAGCCUCUAGUACUCAGAACUACAUGUAUGUAUAAGGGAUAAUUAUGAACAGCAGAGUAAGGGAGCUCCUGGCAGAACAUAUCCCAGAGGAUGAGGCACUUCUCCUUAAGAAUGGCAGAUAUGCUUGCUUGGUGUGCAGCCAUCGGCCAGUAUGCGACACUCUGCCCAUGUUGUCUCGACAUAGAAUUGGAAAAAAGCAUCUUUAUUGUCUUGCAAAGUUUAUGGAGCGAAAGCAGGAAGUGGAGCUCCUCAUAUUGAAACGUCAACAGGAAACAUAUUUGAAGACUGGUCAAACUAGCAACCCAGGAGCAACAGUUCUUCCAAAUAAUAAUCAAAGCCAUGGCCAAGAAUCAAGCAGUUUGUUUAAUAAGUAUUCUACACACACUAGAGCCAAAAGGCCCUCAAGACGCACUCCUUAUAGCCGCAAGGAGACAAUUAAUAUAAAAAGAUCAGAAGGCUGUAGCAUCCAGCAAGAAAUGAUCUCAAAACACACUUCCAGUGUAGAAGAUGAGGUUACGAGAUAUGUUAAAAAGAUUUUGCAGAAGAAUGAGUUCAGUGAUGCAGUUAUGAAGGAGCGUCGUCUGUGUCAUUUACCACAGUCUAAAAUUGAAACACCAAUAACGAUGAACUCAGUAAAUUUGACUGCAAACUCAUUAGGUGAAGACAAACUUCCUGUAGCUUCUGACUUGGCUUCACAAGAAAAAGUAGUAAUUUCCCCCAGUUCACAAUUCAAACUGGAGAGGUGUAAAUAUUACCAAAACCUUCGAGCUUCAGGAUGGAAGAGAGAUUUGUUGGGGAACUGGACUAGGGAUGCUGAAGCAGAAUUUGACAGUGAUGAAGAACCACCACAAGAGUUUAAAGGCCAGUUUCAAUAGCAGUUUGUUAGUUAGUAUUAAUGUUAAUAUUCAUGUAGGAGUUUUUUUAAAAAUCUUCAAACUGAUGUAAAAAAUUAUGGGAAAAUCAUUGUAUUAGAGGUCUUAGACCAGUACAUAGUUAUAAAAGAUUUUUUUUUACCACUUCGGCCAUUUCCACCAAGGAAAACACAUUCAUCCUUCAGAAUGCAGGCACUGCCCUUCCCACCUCCAGAAUUCAAAUAUGGCUAGCAAGUUUUCCCUGAAUCCUUUCAUAAAUAAAAACUUCAUCAGCCCCCAACAGCACCCCAAAUUGAAAAAAUCAAUUGUAUCCAAUCUGACAACUUCACACAUCUGUGGGAUGAAUAACCUUUACUACCUAAAACUGUUGUCACUCCCUCCUUCCAGCACUUCUGGAAUAUUCCUCUACAUCCAUCACAGCUUAUACAAUUAUUUUAUCAAUCUAUCUUGCUCCAUUCUUUUUUAAACACACUGGCCAUCUCCCACCAAGGUAGGGUGAACCCAAACAAAGAGAAACGCAUUCACCAUCAUUCAUUCAGUCGCUGUCUUGCUAAAAGUGUGCUGACAUCACAGUUCAGACGUCCCUCCGAAUUGCAACAUCCUCAUCUUUCCUUGAACUGCAGGCGCUUUACUUCCCACUUCCAUGACUCACAUCCAGCUAACUGGUUUCUCUGAAUCCCUUCAUAAAUGUUUCAUUGCUCUCUUUCCAACAGCACGUCAGAUCACAGAAUCACCUACCUCCAUUCCAAUGUAACACGUUCACACAAGCCUGUUGAAUGUUCCUGCCUCUAGUACUGAAAACCUCCUUUACCUCCCCCCUCCCUCCAUCCCUUUCUGGGAUAACUCCUGCCCUCCACUCCAUAUUUAUAUACUCUCCAUCCUUUCUAAGUAACCAGAGUACUCAACUCCUCCUCAGUCCUCUGAAUUAUGCUUUUGGUAACCUCACACCUUCUAAUCUCCAAGCUCCAAAUUUUCAUCACAAUAUUCACACCACAUAACCCUCAAAUAUGACAUCUCCAAUGCUUCCAUCCUCCUUACACUGCAGUAUUUACAACCCUAAACACCCAAAUAACAGUGUUUAUACCAUUAUUCUCUGGACUUUCCUCUUUUUGCCACCAUGGAUAAACUUUGUCUUCAUUGAUGCCUCAUUGUAGCACCCACCUUUUCUCCCCUCUUCUAUUCUGUGAUUCACUUUAUCUUUCAUAGACCUAUCCAUAGACAGAUAUCUAAACACAUUUGUAUCCUCCAUACUCCCUUCCUCCAUUCUGAUAUCCAGUCAUUAUUAUUAUGUUGGGCGAUGUAUAUUCUGUGAAACUGUAGCUAAAUAUCCUCCUACCCUUUUCAAUGAUACCAGACAGACAUGGUCAGUGACUUUUAUAAAUGGUUGAUAGUUAAUCAUUCUGUGCAAAAUAAUACGAUAUCUCUCAUGGAGUUCCGAGUACAUUCACGUUCCACAAUAGGGCAGUCAAAUCAUAUAUAAAAUGUAAUAAGCUUUAUUAAGCAGAUAAGCCUUAUAAACUUUAUAUAUAAACUGUAAGUGAAUACAUAUAUCAGUGAUAUUAUCUCAAUAAAUAACAUACAGUAUAUCUCGUAAAUUUGAUUUCAUUAUACAGUAUUAAAACAGAACAGGUUGCAUAAAAUUUGCCCAAGUUAACAAUUUCCUGUUUUCCUUCUUCGUGUCUUUCAUUGAUGGAAGACACGUAAAGGUCGUACAUUAUCUACCACAAAUUAUAAGUAAAGAACUGUAAACUAUCAAACUGCUGAGCACCAAGUGGUGAUGUCUGUAGUUUCAAAAACAAGGACUGUAUUAAAAUUUUGUAUCUGGUUUCUGCCUGCACUUCCUUUGUAGGAAGACAGUCAGAGGCCACUGUAGCAAAAUCGUAUCAACAACAGAAUUUAAAACAUUGAA